AUGCGGUCCAGGGCGCAGCGCCGAGGACCGAUCUGCAGCAGCAGCAACGGUGGCAGCGGCACGGGUGGCGGAAGUGUGGCCGCGGGAAGCGGGUCAGGGGGUCAUGCAAGCAGUGAGGCGGAGCCGCCAAGACGGCCUCCCGCCGCCACCGCCUCCCUCUACCUGCCGCCGCCGCCGCCGCCGCCGCCGCCGCCGGUCGAUACUGCGGCCGUUGACCCGCGGCGCGGCGCGGCGCGGCGCUGCUGCAAACAACGGCCGCCCCUCGCUCCUCCAGCCGGCGCUGGCCGUCGGCCCUACCGCAAUCCGCAGGAGCCGCCGCAGCACGCCGGCGCCGCGGCGCUCGCCCCUAAUUCUCCUUGUGUACACGCUCCCCUCCCGCCGGCUCCCUACUACUCAUCUCCGACCGGCCGCUCGCGAUAA